CGCCAGUGUCAGUAUAUGUACUGAUUCAGUGAACACCAGUGUCAGUGGCAUACUGUCAGUAAUUCACUGUUUUCACCGAAACUGCACAUCCCUAGAUUUGAACUCUUCACCUUGAUUUACCCUAAGAAAGUCGUUUUUCCUAUAACUUGAUUUCUAUUGGUUACUGUCCAACCAAUGGGAUUUCGAGGCGAAUAGAGCACAGAUUCGAGUUCUCCACCCCAGAAAACCUCGAACUAUCAUCUCUGUGAUCGAAAGAUAGAGCUCUAUUUGUGGAUCAAUUAGAGCGUGGACAAAAACAGAACCGAAUUCCGAUUAAUUAUCUUUGCAAUAGCUGAGAUGGCUUUCUUGUUUCCUUAUGUUUUAUAUACCACUUUGUAGCUCGUGAAAUUCUCUAUCGAAUGGUAUAUAAUAGUUGGGGUUUUAGUUGACUAUGAUAGGAAAAGUCUUUUACGAAAGUGGGGAUGGGCCGAUCUUUCCAUAGGGAAGGUGCAGGGAAAAAUGAGUAUUUUUGCAAUAACUCAGGAAGGGCUCGGCCAAUCCUUCUCAUCUUCGAACUCGACCGAGAUAUUGUUAAGACUGAACUGUGUAGAAAAUUUCAUCGCGAUCGGACUCUCCUUUCGAAAGUUAUCGUGUUAACGGCCGGACACACUGACCGAUUCUAGAGUGUACUCACUUUUUGAGUACACAAAAAGAAAAAUAUCAAGUUUUUUUUUCUUAUACUUAAGUACAAGGACAUUUUUUUAAUCAUAUUUUUUAAAACUAAAACACAAGAAGUUCAACUGAUUAUUCUUUGAUGUACCUAUGCAAAUUUUCUUAAAUACAUCUAAAAUGUUUAGUGAUAAAACGCAAUUAUUUUGUAAAAUCUAGAGAGAAAAAAAGAAUUAAAUCUACUCUUUACACUGUUAUAGAAAAGGUGUUCAUUAAAUCUGGAAGAGACACUUUUUGAAGUACUAAAAAGUAGAUACUUCAUGUGUUUUAUAUCGUAAAGUGUCAACUACUAAAACCAAAGAAAGUUGAAUAUAUUGAAUUUUCUCAAUUUUUUUUAUUGAAUAUUUCAAAUCGAUAUCAUUACAUUAUAUCUUGUUAUAUAUUCUUGUAGAAAGUUUUAUAACACUUUUUUUUUUCAUUAAAAAAUGUAUUAAGUAAAACGAUUGAGAUUGUGUGAAGAAAAAUGAAAAAAAGGUUAUCGUUUAAAAAUAAAUUAUUUCAUAAGAUAAUAUCAAAGAAAUGAAUAAAUCAAAAUUAUAAUAAUUUUUAUAGUUGAUAGAUGCGCUCUGAAAUUUUAUUGUUUCGAAAAUAUUUGCAUUCAAAAUUAUUCAUAUUCUCAAAUAAACUUUAAAUAAAUAAUUUCUUUUUUCCUAAUGUUAACAUGUAUACAAUGUAUGCUAUAGAGAGAGAGACAAAUAUUAAUGUGCUCUUCGUUUCAUCGGUACAAUCACCAUGUUUACUUGCUAUAUACAUCGAUUUGAUCUUUUAGUAAGCAUCCAAGUACAUCAUUUUUUCUCUCGACGAACUUACUCCUAGUCAAUAUUUAGAAUAUUUAGAAUUUCAGAAUGAUCCAAGAAUUGUUAUAAGUUAAGUAUCUUUUCUCAUUGCUUGUACUUGGUGAGAGGUGAAAAAAACUUGAUUUAAAUUUUCACUAAUUAUAUUUUUUGUAUAGGUACCUAAAUAAAAACAUAGAUAACAUCUGUUGAUGAUAUAUUAAUGUUUUGAUAGAAUGUGCAUUCAUGUGUGAUCGAGUAUACACUACUCAUAUAUAUAUAUAGGCAAACGAACAAACUUCGCUUUCACAUAUUUUAAUACUUACAAUCAUCGACACAUCAUUUACAUGAAUAAGAGAUAGUAAAUGGCCGACAAAGACUCAAAGCCAAAAACUGGUAAUAUUUAUCGUUAUAUUUCUUUUUCAAAUACUGACUUUGUUUUGUAUUAUUAAAUUGUAUCUUUCUUCUAGCUGAAUGUUAUGUGUCUCCACCACACGAACCUGAAAUUUCAAAUUGUCCACCACAUGAGCCUAAGAAGUCAAAUUGUCCACCACACGAGCCUAAGAAGUCAAAUUGUCCACCACACGAGCCUGAAAAGUCCAAUUGUCCACCACAUUCAUAG